AGCCAACCCACUCCACCCUGCCUCGAAAGAUGGCUCCGUGACCGUCGCCCUCAGUGACGUCAUCGGUCGGGGCCGCGGCCUUUUGCGCAGGAGAAAGGGGGAGAGAAAAAGAGAGGGGGGGGCAGGAUGGCGGCGGGGUCGACGCGGCCCCCUCGGCCCCGUAAGGAGCCGCAGCCGCUGGUCAUUCCCCGGAGCGCAGCGGAGGAGCAGCGUCUGAAGCUGGAGAGGCUCAUGAGGAAUCCGGAUAAGACAGUUCCAAUUCCUGAAAAGCUCAAUGAAUGGGCGCCCCGGCCACCUCCAGAAUUUGUCAGAGAUGUUAUGGGUUCCAGCGCUGGGGCUGGCAGUGGGGAGUUCCACGUCUACCGACACCUUCGGCGGCGAGAAUACCAGAGGCAAGAUUUUAUGGAUGCCAUGGCUGAGAAGCAAAAACUAGAUGACGAAUAUCAGAAGAGGCUUGAAAAGAACAAGAUUCUUGCAGAGGAACAGACGGCCAAGCGCCGGAAGAAGCGGUGAGGUCAGGCUUGUAGCGCCCGAUACAGAG